AUGCAAUUUAGUGUGCAUGCACUGCAUGCAUCAUCAAAUAAUCAGAAUUUAGCCUGUUAUACGAUGGAAGAUAGUGGAAAGAAAUGUUUGGCGAAAAAUGAAGUUUUAAUUGAGGAUGGCAGCUCCAAAACGAACAAUAAUUUAUCAAUGACCCCACCAGAUGGUGGAUACGGGUGGAUAAUUGUGUUCGCCUCAUUUUUUGCCAAUGUUAUCGUGGAUGGGAUUAUUUAUUCGAUUGGUAAAACACUUGUUGAGGUUUGGGAACAGGAUUUCGGAACGACAGCUAUGCAGGCUUCCCUUGUACAGUCGUUACUUGCUGGGUUUUACUUUCUUGCAGGUCCUUUGGCAAGCGGGCUUGCAAAUUUAUUUGGAUGUCGUUUGGUAGUUAUCGUUGGUUCUAUGACGACAUUUGUUGGUUUCAUUCUAUCUUCCAUCGUACCAUCACUUCCAUUGCUUUAUAUCACGUUCGGUAUUAUUGGAGGAAUUGGCUUUGGACUUGUUUAUUUGCCAUCAAUAUUGAUUGUGAAUCAGUAUUUUGAAAAACGAAGAGCCUUCGCUAUGGGUAUAGCUGUAUGCGGUUCAGGCAUUGGUACUACCAUAUUUUCACAGUUAUUUCCAUUUUUAUUAGAAGUUUGUGAAAACAACUGGAGGCAUUUCCUUGUUUAUGCAGCAUUUAUUACACUUUUAUCUGUCUUAUGUGGUUUGUGUUAUCGAGAAACACCAUUAGUAACGCCUGAAGAUAAUGAGGUUUGCGUACUUUGCAUUUGUUGA